CAGUUGCUGAACUACAGUGUGUAUUUGCUGAAGGACUAUGUUGUGAAAAUCUUUCAAAGUGUUGGUUUUCCGUGAUUACGGGGCUCUUCUGGACGUCUGCUCGGUGGGUUAGGGGGCCCGUGUGACCGACUCUCCCGGCGGACUGUGUGCGCAGCCCGGGUGCGACUGUUUCGGGCAGCUGCUUAGCGGUUUUCUGAUCUCUGACUGGAGGUUUUUUACUGCAAACCAAGUUAGCUCAACAGCUAAUCCUAAAAGUCACGUCACCUGUGCGGACUCGAAUUAAAAGUUUCCCGGUGGAGCCGGGACAGCCGGGUCACUUUUGACUGUGUGACCGUACAAAACUUUGUCUCGGGUGUUUUUGCGCCGGGUUCGUAUUUUAUCUCGCUUUUGCGCAGCCAUAAAAAUUGCGUUGGAGACAGCAGCAAGUGAAGCGUAGCUGCGGGUUUUAGAUGACGGUGAGACCCGCAGCCGGACACGGAUAAGGUGUUUCCUUCGGAGGGAAAUGCGGUAGAGAGGACACCGCCUCGGUGUUCAGCCCGCUGACUUGGCGGCUCUGGGUUUGUUGCUCGUGAGGCCUGCGGGUCGGGCUUCCACCGGGCUUGAGUAGAGCCCGACGCCGACGUCGAGAGGUCGGAGGCCGGCAGUCGGCGCUGCCACCGCCGGGCCUGCGGUCCGAGUUAUGGAACGGAUGGAAGUGGACCAGUGCGCAGGCGCAGCUGGCGGGGCAGGAGGCGGGGCACUCCGCAGAUCGAACAGCGCCCCCAUGAUCACCAGUGUCAGCGAUGGGAUGACCGUCUUCAGUCCGGUGUCCUCGGCUCGGUACAGACGCAGCAGUGUGUCCAUCAACCCCAGCUGUCCCUCACAGCUCGUCCCUCUUUCUCCUUUCUCUCUGACCGGAGACAGACUCGACCACAAGAGGCAGGAGGAGAACAUGGAGAUGACGCUCAGAGGAAGUCUGCAGAGACUCAGUGCUUCCAGUCUGAUCCCAGUUCCUCCAGUCAGUCAGUGGCACAACCACACGUCAGUGUGGUUUCAGUCACAGGACAGCGGCGUCACACCCAACUCCUCCCCGAGUCCCACCAGGAGGUUCAGACCAGCAGUCAGUGCCACGGUCAGAUGGCCUGCGUUAACUCCACUCAAGAGGAAAGGAGGGGUGGAGUCUGACGGACCCCCAAAGAAGCUUUUUGUUGCCGGGGUGACAGAUCCCGCCCACCGCAGCAGCUACACUGUCAGUGUCUCACAGUCAGCGGAAGACUCUCCUCCUGCAGGAGGCGUCAGUCCUCAGUCCAGCCCUCUGUCUCUGUCUCCUCCCCCUUCCUUCACCCCCUUCACCUCCCACCAGCACCCCGGACACUAAAACCCUCCUCCCCCCUGCUCACCCAGAGUGCUGACCCUGUCACUGUGGGAUCAGACCGACCACCAGCAGCUCCAGAGACCCUCAAACACCUGGAGGAACAUCGACCCCUUCGCACCUUAUUUUGGUUCCAAUCAUCUGCCAGCAUCACUGUAAGCCCCGCCUCCCUAAUGGACAGACAAAUCACAGGAAGUGAAGAUGUGACACAUUUGGAGGUGAAGAUCACCUUUAGUUCAGCCUGCUCUUCAGUUCAGGAUAUUUCUUUUGCAUCCGUGAAGCUUCAGACUUUUUUGUUGGUCGGUCAUCACACAGCAUCACUCAAGCUUUCAAGCAUCAGGCAGAAGGACAUAUAUGCUGUGUCAUGUGUGCGGCUCCACCCCCAUCAGAGGGCGUGGCCUUGAGGUUCAAACUCCUCACUCUCAUGUUAAAGGAUAAACAAAGGAUUCAUUAGCAGCACCAUCGGGAGACCACGGAAAACGUUUGGGAAACUGAGGACACACUGGUUGUGUCGUCAGAAUGGAAUCGAUUGUGCUCACUAAAAGAAAAGAGUUGUGUUGUUGGUGUUGUGGGGAGCAGAUGAGCAACAGACACACCUCCCCAAUCUCAAUGUGUCCUGUGGACCAAGCAGCUGAUCCUGAUUGGUUACAGAGAGGAGUUGAUGUUAUACAAGUUGUGCUGAUUCAAGGAUAAAAGAACAAAGCACCUAAACGUCUCUGCCUGAAGACGUCUCUCGUUCCUCAGCUUCAUUCUUCAGAUUUGUUCUGCAGACGUCAAAAGAGUCGGAGCCUUACAUGGGAUGACUUCCCAUUGGAGGAUGCAGCUCUAAUCAGACCAAUCAGUCGAUGCUGUUAGUGAAGCUCCAGAUCUUCUCUGAUCAGUUAUUCUGAAGAAGUUCUAAUAGGAUCUUGAGUUUUAAUCAAGAUGUAAUUGCGGGUGAUGACUAAAUGUUCUCAGACUGUUGAUCACAAUCGUCUCUCUCUAAAGGAGUCGAAGUUCUUCAGGAACAUUUCGUUCCACCCACAGUGAUACAGUCGACACCUACAGGAACUGAACCACACAGAGAACCUUCAGCCGGUCCUCUGCUUAUUGUCCUGGAGUCGCACUUGUUGGAAGUCAUGUAAUUUAUGAGGACAAUAUAGGAAUCACAUGAUUUAUUUAGGCACGGUCUUGAAGAUGAAGUCAUGAGUACUCAUAACUGAUGGGUCUGUGGAGUAACAUCUGGACUCUCCCAGCACUUAAACAAAUCAGCGAACCAGGGUUACGCACUACGCAAAGUUAGUCCCUCCAGGAGGUUGCAACAGUAAACGCAAAUUCAGCCAGACCUCGUGAAUUCUGCGCAGCCCUGCAGUUUUGUCCCAUCGAGGCAACUUAACCGCAAACGUUAAUAGCCCUUCUGUGCGGAGUUUGCAUGUUCUCCCUGUGUCAGCGUGGGUUUCCUCCAGGUGCUCCGGCUUCCUCCCACAGUCCAAAGACAUGCAGGUUAAUUGGUAACUCUAAAUUGUCCGUAGGUGUGAAUGUGAGCGUGAAUGGUUGUCUGUCUCUAUGUGUCAGUCCUGUGAUAGUCUGGUGACCUGUCCAGGGUGAACCCUGCCUCUCACCCAGUGUCAGCUGGGAUAGGCUCCAGCCCUCAAAACUGCCUGUGAAAUCCUGGAGGGACUGAAUAGCGCAUUUUAGGAUUUUUAUCAAAUUUUAUAUAAUUUUAUUCAGCUGAUCUGCUGAAGAUAGUUUGCAUCUUCAGUCAGCUAGAGAAAUUACAAAAUAAAGAAAAACCUGAAUAUCCAAAAACAGUCUUUGUCCCAGCAACCCUCUGAACGGGGUAUAGCUUUUUGCAAGGCCAAAACUGCUAGUUGUUGAGAAUUUUUGUCGGGUAUUUUUCACCCCUGACUUGCUACACCUGAGUCAAAUUCAGCCACUGAACAAAAGUUUCAGUCAUCGAAGCCUAAGAUUUUUGUGUUUUAAAGAAAGUUUUAGUUUUUGUGUCACGGCUGAGUCACCCUGACCGAAGCUUUCUGGUUUUACCAGAGAAAACUUAAAAGACUUAUUUUGUUUGUCGACAGUUUGUCAAACUUGGGCUGACGGUUGACAGACUGUAGGACGUCUUUUUCUCCCGGGGUGAGAAACUGGUUUUAGAAACUGGUUCCCGGUCAGUAGAAGUGUGAAGAACUUGUGGUCUGUUUGUUAAUAGUGUAUCUAUAUGUGAAUAUUGACAGUCGGAGCAGCUGAUAUGUGCUCACUUUUCUUCAGCCUGCAUGGUUUGAUUGUACAUAUUGAAUCUGCAGGAAGCGACCAUGCUCUUCCCUCGUAAAGGUGCAUUUAUACUUUGACUUCUUUCAUUUCCCUCUAAGUUUGCUCUCUGACCGGCUUUAGUCUUCUCUACUUGAAAUCAGCCACAUUGUGUUCGUGAAGGUCAUCUGAUUGGUUCAAUCCCCAGAAAAUCUUUAUCACUUACUGUUUAAAAAAAAAGGGUCACUAAUCAUUUUGACUUCCUCUGCGUUUUCUUUCUGACGAAUCUAUCAAACUUGUUUUGAGGUGGUGGUUUUUUUGAACCAGUGUUACAACAGUUGAUUUUUUAAGACACGGACCAAUCUCGGCUCUCGUUAACGGCUCUGGAUUCUUACUUUUUACUUUGGACUUAAAGCAGACUUGUACUAAGUCUGCUUUAAGAAUACAUCAGUUUUAAUCCCAGGGUUGGGCAAUAACUCAGUAUCAUGAGUUUUCAAUUGAAUCAUAUCGUGACGAUAGGAAAUUCUGUUAUUGUUCACACAAACUAAUUUGAUGCACAUCAGUUCAUUCUUUGACAUCAGUUUAUUUGAUGUGAUUUUGCACAUAUUUGCCACGUUGUGUGAUAAACCAUCAUCAGGAAGUAUCUGUACGAAUAUUGUGACAGUCAUGUCGACCAUACUGCCCCCAGCCGCAGAUAAUCCUGUUAAUAUUCUAAUGGUUUCAUUCCAAAAUCUGUGGAGCCCCUAAGAGGACAUGAUCAAGUUUCUUGUGAUCACCGUAAACUAUCUGGCGCUCAACAUAAAUUACAUGGCGCACGCUAAAGAUUAAAUAGCACUCACCGUGAACUAUGUAGCGUUCAGCAGAAAUUGUUUGGAGCUCAACAGAAACUAUCUUGCACUCAUUGAAAUUAUCUGGCACCCACCGUAAACUACGGAGAGGUCAGUAGAAACUAUCUGGCGCUCAUCGUAAACUAUCUGACACUCACUGAAAUUAUGUGGCACUCAUUGUAAUCUAUUUGAUGCUCCAUAGAAACUGUCUGGCACUCAUCGAAACUUUUCUUGUGCUCCUUCUUGUGCACCAUAAACUUCCUUGCACUCAAACUAUCUGGCGCUCAAUUUAAACUAUCCGGUGCUCAGUAGAAAUUAUCUGGCACUCACCGUAAACUAUCUGACAAUCCUCAUAAACAAUCUGGCACUCACCGUAAUCUACCUGGUGCUCACUAUAAACUAUCUGGGACUCAUCAAAGUGAUUUAGGACUCGCGCCCUUUAAAACCAACUCAGUGCUGAGUAGAAACAAUCUGGUGCCAAACAGCAGGUUUCCUCUUAGAGGCUCCAUAACCAUCAGAGUCGUCCCCACAUUAGUCACUAGGUUUGCACAGACAUCGUUGAUAAUUUGAAAACGUGACUUUAAUGAUAAUUCAUUAAUGUGGAUUUUGACAGUUUUAUUAAUGUGAUUCUGAUUUUUGUUUUGUCUUAGUCUGCAAUUAUUGUAAUGAUUCAAUACAAGUGCACAAGAAUGUGACUUUGUUAAGUCACAGAUGUAGCCAUCUCACCACAGGGGUCGGAGGUCAGAGGUCAGAGGU